AUGGCGGAGGGCAGCUUGACCAUGUUCACCAGCACGACCAGUGCAUCAGAGUCCAAGAAGAGCAAAAGCUACAAGACGGGAUGUGCACCAGCGCCGCCAGACGCCCACGGCGACCUCUUCCAAUCCGUCGCCAAGCACGAAGAAAUUGUGCACGGCCUGCGUGAGAGCAAGACGGAAGGAGCUGCUCCCGCCCUUGUGCAAAAGCAGAGAGAAACGGUGGUCAGUUCUCACUUGAUGCGCGCUCGCAAGCAAAAAGAAAGCUCGAAAGGUGGGGAGCAAUCUGGUUUGGGCGAACGCUAUCCAAGGAGAUGGUAUGACAGCUUCAUGCCUUUCCAGAUGCCCUUCGAAGACCGCGAGACGGUCAAAGAGGUGAUCGACCGAUUGGAGAAGGAGGGGAACGAAGCAGCCUGGAGAACAGAACGUCACGCAAGAGCAAUGGACAUCUCAGCAAUAAAGGCCGGCGGGCUGUCAUUUGCCCUGGUGAUACUCAUGUUGAUGGCGCUGCCUUUGCUUGAGCGUCUCAGAAUGGCGGGUGAGAUGUCUUCCUCGUGCUUUCAGUCUGAUGAUCCGAGAUGCGAAGUGCUUCCUUAUCCGAGGCUGGCCCUUUGGUGUGCACUGGCGAUUGUGGUGGCCUUCAAGCUGUGCUCCGUAGACAUGAGCCGCGGACCUUUUGGGGCAUUGCCGCAGAUCUUCGUCCCCGCCUUUGGACGAACCGCUUCGCAAGACUUUGUGCAGCAGGUUCGGAUGUCGAAGGCACGAGCCAAGGCGAUGGUCCGGGAGUUGCAGAGCAUUUACUCCGCCAAGUCCUUCCAGGCCAAGUUGCAAGAGAUCUUGGGCAAAGGCGAGGGUACCGAUGAGCUUCCGGCGCGAUGGGCCUGGGCUGAGAAGUUCCACAACGACAUCCUGGCCCAAUACGGCUUCGUGACCGGAGAUGGCAUGGAGCGCCUCAUCUCCCCGCUGUCUUUGAUCCUGAAGAGUUUCCCCGAAUGCCGCAGCGGCGUGGAGAAGAUUGCCGGGCUUCUGGGACUCAAGUCCUGGCCAGAGACGGAAGCCGCCGCGGAGCUCCCAGCCACCAAGGCAGAAGUGCCCCGUGUGGUGAGCCUGUCGAAAACGAGGGCCCUGGCGCUGCAAACGGAGUUGCUGGCAAGCUUCUCUGCUCCCAGUUUCCAGAAAAAGCUUUGUGAGUUGUCACGGAAGCAACUGGCGGAUGAGACUGGGAUGGGCAGUGAGGAUCCGGGCUAUACUUGGCAUGAUGCUUUGCGUCACUUGAUGAACGAAGAGCAGAUGGAGACUAUUGCAAGGUAUGGCUUUGAUGCUUCCAAGCAGGGCGUAGAGGAUGCGCUGUCUGCAUUGGACAAGUUGCGAGACGACCCAGAUGUGUUCGUGAAUGCCUUCGCCAUUGAAGAAGCUCUCCUGACCUACGCACAAGGGAGUCUUCUGGCGAAGAAGGCAGUCGGACACAUUGGCAACAAGCCAAACACCAAAUUCACCGUCGCCAGAUUGCUGCGCAAACAGCUGGCCGCCUUUGGUACUCCGAGCUUCCAGCAUGCAAUCGACCGACUCAAGAAGAAGGCCAACGUGGACGGCCAUUUCCACCUCGCCGGGCGAGCGGAGCUCGCCUUCUCGGUGCAGCGCCGCAUUCUGCCCUCCUUCGGCUUCCAGCCCUCGCGCUCCGGGGUGCUGGAGAUGGUGAGGCACUGCACCAUGUUCCUGGACGACGAGGAGAUCGGCGGGCUCUGGGAUGAUAUCAAUGCAAAGCUGGGAAUGACGCCGGAGGCUUGCCGCAGGUUCCGCGACGUAGCAGGCGGCUUUCGCAGCAAGCCCGCCCCCGACGCGUGA